GGGCGCGGCUCAGGUUCGUUGUGAGGGGCCGGUUGUCAGGUGGCGGCGGUGUCGCUGGGGGCGGGAGGGGAGUCCGGUACUACCGGAGCCGCCGCCGGUAGCGCUGGGGCGGCCGGGCGGGCCUCGCCGAACGCCAUCACCAACAACAACGUUCAGGCGUCCCCUGGGUGGCUCCGGGCGCCGCCCGCUGCUCCUCACCGCCCGGCAGCGCUCCCCCCCCCCACGGCACCGCCCGCCGGGCUUCCCGCUGGCCUGUGGCUCCCGCGAUGGUCCUCAGCGGGUGGCCGGGGAAGCUCGGGUGGAUGUCUCGGCGGCGGUAGGAGACGGAGAGGCCUCUCCGGGAGGAGGAAGGCGCUUCUGGCCUGCCCGUCGGAGAGCCAUGGCUGUGGCCGUCACCACGAAGACGGCGUGGAAGCUCCAAGAGAUCACGGCUCACAGCAGCAAUGUGUCCUCACUGGUUCUGGGAAAAAGUUCAGGCCGGCUGCUCGCAACUGGAGGAGAUGACUGUCGGGUCAAUGUAUGGUCAGUUAACAAGCCCAGCUGCAUCAUGAGUUUGACAGGCCAUACAACGCCCAUCGAGAGCCUGCAGAUCAAUACAAACGAGAAACUCAUUGUUGCAGGGUCCCAGUCAGGGUCCAUUCGAGUUUGGGACCUGGAAGCUGCCAAAAUUCUUCGUACCUUGCUUGGUCACAAAGCGAAUAUCUGCAGCCUUGAUUUCCACCCUUUCGGAAGCUUUGUGGCAUCUGGCUCCUUGGACACAAACAUUAAGCUCUGGGAUGUACGACGAAAAGGCUGCGUCUUCAGGUACAAGGGUCACACAGAAGCAGUCCGAUGUCUCCGCUUUAGUCCUGAUGGGAAAUGGCUGGCCUCUGCUGCUGAUGAUCACACUAUAAAGCUGUGGGAUCUGGCUGCUGGGAAGAUAAUGUUUGAGUUUACAGGACAUACCGGCCCAGUAAACAUUGUUGAAUUCCACCCCAAUGAAUACCUUUUGGCUUCUGGCAGUUUUGACAGGACUGUUCGGUUCUGGGACUUGGAGAAGUUUCAGGUUGUGAGCUGUAUUGAAGAGGAGGCUACUCCUGUCAGAUGUGUGCUCUUCAACCCAGAUGGCUGCUGCUUGUAUAGUGGCUUCCAGGAUUCACUGCGUGUGUACGGCUGGGAGCCAGAGCGCUGUUUUGAUGUGGUCUUGGUGAACUGGGGAAAAGUAGCUGACUUGUCUAUCUGCAACAACCAGCUGAUAGGAGUUUCUUUUGCACAAAGCACGGUCUCCUCCUUCGUUGUGGAUCUCAGCAGAGUCACAAAGUCGGGUUCUGUUCCUCAUGGGCUGAUGAGGGACGACGAACCUCUUGUGCUGCCUGCCCCCAUGGGGUCCUCCCUUCGCCGCAUCUAUGACAGGCCCUCAACUAGCUGCAGCAAGCCACAAAGCAGAGUGAAGCACAACUCGGAGAGUGAGAGGCGCAGUCCUAGCAGUGAAGAUGACCGGGAUGAGAAGGAAUCAAAGGCUGAGAUCCAGAACCCAGAGGAUUACAAAGAGAUCUUCCAGCCCAAGAACGCUAUUUGUCGGACUCCUCCUCGAAACAAUGAGCCCUUUCCUGCCCCUCCUGAGGAUGAGCCUGUAGCUGCAAAGGAAGCAGUGAAGCCCAGCCAAACUGCAGAUGUCCAGACCCCGUUGCCAAAGCAAGAACUUCCUGAACCAGUUCAGAAGCCACCGAUUGCCUCCUCGACUCCUAUGCCCAGAACAGAGCCAUCGGUGAUUCCUGCAGCCAGGAAUGAACCCAUUGGCCUGAAGGUCUCUGACUUUCUACCAGCUGUGAAAAACCCAAGCCAAAAUGAGCUCGUGGAUGAGGAAGCCAUGUCGCAGAUCAGGAAAGGCCAUGAGACAAUGUGUGUGGUACUCACUAGCCGCCACAAGAAUCUGGACACUGUGCGGGCUGUAUGGAGCACCAGUGACAUCAAGAACUCUGUGGACUCUGCAGUGGCGAUCAACGAUCUGUCUGUUGUUGUGGACCUCUUGAAUAUUGUCAACCAAAAAGCGUCUCUCUGGAAGCUGGAUUUGUGUACUAUAGUCCUGCCGCAGAUAGAGAAACUACUCCAAAGUAAAUACGAAAGUUACGUGCAGACUGGCUGCACCUCCCUGAAACUCAUUCUCCAGAGGUUUCUGCCACUGAUCACAGACAUCCUCGCUGCACCACCUUCUGUCGGAGUGGACAUCACCAGAGAGGAAAGGCUCCAUAAAUGCAAGCUGUGCUACAAGCAGCUGAAAAACAUCAGCAACAUUGUGAAGAACAAGUCUGGGCUCAGCGGCCGCCAUGGUAGUGCCUUUCGGGAACUGCAUCUCCUCAUGGCUGUCCUGGAGUGAUGGCUGCCUCCUCCUCAUGUGCAAACACAGAUGGCCAAGCUCCCCUCUGCUCUUGGUCUGGCUGGAUUUUACCUCUUUCCGUGUGUCCAUCUUCUCCUUACAGCACGGCAGGGAAGUGGAAUCUUGCUGGCCCAGCACCGGUGCCUUAUGGGCCGGAUGGGGGACCUUACUGGGGACACGCCAGUGCUUUUGAAGGGACCUGGCUGAAAGAGGCCCUGCAAAGGCCCUGUAGGGAAGCAGCUUCAUUUCAGCUUUUCAUCUCGGCACCAGGCUCUUGGCUGCUCUGUCUCUGUGCUGGCCUUUCCCUGGCAGGAGUGCUCCAAGCCUGUUGUCACCCCUCUUUCACCCGUAUGCGUUGUUGGUUCUUGUCGCUCAACUCUGUGGUCUGAGGCUGCCUGGCCCUGCUCUCUUUUUGUGCCCCACAAAAGCCUGUGGGGUGGAGUGUCCAUUCCCAAGCAGAAGGGACAUUUUCAACUGCCCGUGUGGGACCAGCCCCUUUGGCUUCAUCAAAUGUGGGCCAGGACACUGUGCCACCCUGCCUGGUGCAGUCUCGAGAACCCAUAUGGAGAGGAGGCUGGCACCUGGACCACAGAAGAGGAAUUUCUUCAAAAUGUUGCUGGGACCUGAGCUCUGCCUGGAUCUGUUAAUGGAUGUGACUGAAACAGGACUUGUUCUAUGUGUUUGCCUUUGCGGAUGAGGAUUUGGGAGGGUGGAGGAAGAGAGGGACAUGGACUAAUGUCUUUCUACGUCCACUGGACCAUUCUUAAAGGGUUUUUUUUUCU